CAGUUGCCAGAGAGUUGUGGAGCCGUCAAGAUCGCGGAACAGUUUGCCCACGUAAUGCCUUACAAUUAAACGGAUUCCUAGGACUAAUUUGCCAGUAAUUUGCGAUCGAAAAAGUGAAAGCUUAAGUGUAAUUGCCAAGUAUUUUCGAUCCCCCAUCAUUGUUGUUGAAAAACGUCGCCUGCACAAAAUUCCCACAACGACACAACCCGGCGCCCGCCCGCAUAUUUCCCAUAGAUAGAACCAGAACUACACGGAUCCAGACAGACUAUAUACUAUAUACAACAGCGCACACAGACAGUUCCCCGGCUGAUCCGAUCCAAGAGUUGGGACAGUGCCCACGAUGGAUAAUUGGAAUGUUUUGGCAGCGCAAACCUCAUCGCAGGCCAUCGGACUUCACGACUCUGGGGUGGUGAGGACCCGACUGACCAUUGAGAAGCUGCCCGACAAGGUUCUACUGCACAUCUUCUCUUACUUGUCGCACCGCGAGAUUUGUCGCCUGGCCCGGAUUUGUCGUCGAUGGCGGCAGAUUGCCUACGACACGCGCCUCUGGAAGAAUGUGUCCCUGCGACCGGAGGUCUCUGGACUGCAUGUGGGCUCCCUGGAGAUGCUGCUCCAGCUGAUCUCCGUGAGGUUCGGUCCAACGUUGCGCUACAUCGAACUGCCCAUCGAGCUGAUCACGCACACAGUGCUCCACGAGCUGUCCGCCAAGUGUCCGAAUCUCACUCACAUGCUGCUGGACUUCUCCACGGCCAUGCAGCUGCACGAUUUCAGCGAGAUGCAGGCCUUUCCCACCAAACUGCGCUACAUGUGCGUCUGUCUCUCCGAGGUGAUCUUCAUGGAGGGCUUCAUGCGCAAGAUCUACAACUUCAUCAACGGCUUGGAGGUGCUCCACCUGAUCGGCACCUAUGAGAAGUGCGAGGAGGAGGAGGAGGAGAUCUACGAGGUCAUCAAUGUGCACAAACUAAAGUCGGCCACUCCGAAUUUGCGGGUGAUCAAUCUGUAUGGAAUCAACUUCAUCGACGACUCGCACAUCGAUGCCUUCAGCUCCAACUGCAUCCAGCUGGAGUGUCUGGCAGUUAACUUCUGCAACAAGGUCACCGGCUCCACUUUGAAGACCCUCAUCCAGAGGUCCAAGCGCCUGACCUGUCUGCUCAUGAAUGGCACCAGUUUAAAGUCCGAGUUUGUGAUGCAGGCCGAAUGGGACAAGUGCGCUCUGCAGGAGUUGGACAUCACGGCCACGGAUCUUUCGCCCGAGUGCCUUGUGGAUUUGCUAACCAGGAUUCCUAGCUUAAAGUUCCUAUCCGCCGGACAGAUCAAUGGAUUCAAUGACAGCGUUCUCAAGCAAUGGAUGGAGUCAGGAACUACAAGGUCUCUUAUUUCCCUUGAUUUGGACUCAUCGGACAACAUUACAGAUGAAGGUCUCCUUAAGUUCAUUCAGCGCCAGGGUCACCAGCUCAGCGCCUGUUGCCUUUCCGGAAUGCCUCAUAUCACCGAUCAGUUGUGGAUGAGUAUUCUUCCUUUGCUCGGAAACUGCAAGAUCAUAGUCAUGGGCACGGCUGAGAAACUAGGAGUCAAUAUCCAUGUGGACCAGCUGAUGGACACCAUAGCCUCCAACUGCGGCAACUUGGAACGCCUGGAGUUACGCUGGGAUCCGGAUAACCUGCGAUUCUCCGACAAAAGCCAAAAAGCCAUCGACAUUCUGCGUGUCAAGUGCCUCAAAUUGCGCUGCAUGGUCCUCAGCGAUGGUCGUUAUUAUGAGACGGUUAAGGCCAACUUUGAACGUGCCGAUCGAAUCACCGUGGUGCGGACCACCACCUGUUGUAGGGUUUCACCUUAUCACCUGCUCCGCAACUAUAAUGAUUUGAUUUUCAACUGAGAAAUAUUUGUGACAUAUCAAACUGUUCAUAUUAUUGUUAACCGCAAACGAAACACCCAAAUCUCUAGUCAAAAGUCAACACAAAUGUUUCUGUGUUUUCGCUUACUUUAAACUGUUUUUUAAUGUUUUCUGUAUUUUCCGCUUCUUUCGUUUAAUUACAUUAAAUCUAAAUAAACAUACAUAGGUAAUUUAAAUAAAAACAAAACAAAGAAUUUCUUA